AUGGGUUGGACUGUGUGUAAUACCACCUCGGAGCAUCAGAAGAUCGAGGAGGAAGAUCUUUGGCAUGGCGGUAUUACAUUUCACCAACUCAGCUUGAUUGUGGCCGGUGUUUGCGCCUUACUAGCUUGCGCCGUGUCGAUUUUCUUGAUUAUGGCCCAUGCCACACAUUACAGCAAACCGAUCGAGCAGCGACAUAUUAUUCGAAUUCUAUUCAUGGUCCCCGUAUAUUCCAUCGUCGCCUGGCUCAGCAUUCUUUUCUACAAUGAUUCCGUAUACUUCGAGGUCAUUGGCAACUGCUACGAAGCCUUCUGUAUCGCGGCUUUCUUCUCCCUCAUGUGCCACUACAUUGCGCCCGACCUACACAGCCAGAAGGAUUACUUCCGUGGAAUUCAACCCAAGGGCUGGCUUUGGCCGCUGAGCUGGUUUCAGAAGUGGAAGUGCUGUUUUGGACAUCGCGGGGCGUGGCGCAAUCCGCGCAGCGGUCUGACUUGGUUCAAUGUGGUCUGGGCGGGUGUCUUCCAAUACUGCGUGAUUCGAGUGUUGAUGACCAUUGUCGCAGUUGCCACGCAAGCGACUGGUAGAUAUUGCGAAGAAUCGCUGAGCCCGGCUUUUGCGCACGUUUGGACGAUCAUCAUUGAGUCAAUCAGCGUUUCAAUAGCUAUGUACUGCUUGAUCCAGUUCUACUACCAAAUCCGCAAGGACAUCGAAGAGCACCAACCUUUCUUGAAGAUCCUGUCUAUCAAAUUGGUCAUUUUCCUUUCUUUCUGGCAAUCAAUCUUUAUCAGUCUACUGGUUUCUUUGGGCGCUGUCGGUGAGACAAAGAAGAUGGCUAUGGCGGACCUAAAGUACGGCCUGCCGGAGAUGCUGAUCAACAUCGAAAUGUUCAUUUUCUCCGUCCUUCAUCUAUGGGCCUUCUCCUGGAAACACUACACCCUCAACAACGAGGGUGCCGAAGUGACGGACUUCUACGGGAACGGCAAGGCCUCCUACGAAGGUGGACGGUUGGGUUUCGGUGCCCUGGGUGAUGCCAUGAACCCCCUGGAUCUCCUCAAGGCUAUUGGUCGCAGCUUCCGAUGGCUGGCCGUCGGCCGCAAAACCCGGAUGGAGGAUCCCAGCUACCAGGCUCACACAGAGACUAUUGGCUUACAGCCCUCCGAGUCUGGAGUCACCGACACUAACACAGCUUACGGGGGUGCAGGCACCGCCCUGUCUGGAGGUCGGACAGGCCGAUAUGCCGGAGACGAAGAAGGCGAGGUCCUACUCGCUCACGCCCAGUCCAACCCGUCAACCUCGCAUGUCGAUGCCUCACCAUGGGAAGAUGACAACGACGAUUAUCUGCAGGGCCACCAAUCUGGCCGCUUCUAUGGAAAUCAGAAUCCUUCGCCGUAUGAUGAUAUCGAGCACCGAAAUACCGCCUAUCACCCUCAUGACCAAGGCCAAGGCCAAGGGGCUGCCGCCCAGCCAUACCCGGCCAAUGGCCCGCUAAGGGAACAGGUCCCCAUGCCUAUGCCUGACCCAUAUCAACCCCCACCGCCUUAUCCAGAGAGUUAUCACCAUCCAUGA